AUGUGACAUGAGGGUCUGGGGUGGAGGGUCCUCCUGCCCGAGGAGAGUGAGUUUGUGUUUGGGGUGGGAGGGAUCAGCCACAAUUUUUCCUGCGCGUCUUAGAGUCCUGGAGGCGUUCAGGUCCUGAAGAGACGGAAGGUUGCAGCCAAUCGCCUUCUCAGCAGGACACAAACCGAAUGACACGCUGCAGUCUGCUCUUGUCCUUGGCGGUGACAGCAGCGUACCAGAUGGUGAUGAAAGACGUGAAGAUGGACUCAAUGAUAGCGGUGUGCCAAGUGCACCAUCAUUGUUUCUGGCAGGUUGAAUUUUUUCAGCUGCCGCAGGAAGUACAUCCUUGAUGAGGGAGCUGAAGAGUUACGCAGGGUCAUGAGGGCAGGUGUGGCUGAGUUCCUUCUGAAAUCCACCACCAUCUCCACUGUCUUUAGAGUGUUAAGCUCCAAGUUGUUCUGGCUUCAUCAGGUCACUAGAUGGUCAAUCUCCCACCUCCAAUGGGAUCCAAUAAGGGUGGUGUCAUCUGAACACGCUCUAGAUUAGAAUUUCUAGCAAUACACCUUAACCCAGUUGCAUCAGUGUUAUUCAGUUGUGGAGUACAACCUGUAGUUGCACAGUCUUUAAUAUACAGGCUGCUCUUAUUGUUUUAUUGUGUUGAUUUUAUGUACCCAGGCCAGCCUGGAAAACAGUGUUGAUGAUUACAUUAUCCUGGGUGAAAUAAAUAAACUAAUAUUUGUGUUUGGCAGCUGGACUGUGGUAUCCACCCUGGUUUAGAGGGAAUGGAUGCUCUCCCCUAUAUAGACCUGAUCGACCCAGCAGAGAUAGACCUGCUACUCAUCAGCCAUUUCCAUCUGGAUCACUGUGGAGCUCUACCCUGGUUCCUCCAGAAAACCAGCUUUAAAGGAAGGACCUUCAUGACCCACGCCACUAAGGCCAUCUACCGUUGGCUGCUGUCAGACUAUGUUAAAGUCAGCAACAUUUCUGCAGACGACAUGUUGUACACUGAGACUGACCUGGAGGAGAGCAUGGAUAAAAUCGAGACUAUCAACUUCCACGAGGUCAAGGAGGUGGCUGGGAUUAAGUUCUGGUGCUACCAUGCUGGUCAUGUGCUGGGAGCUGCCAUGUUCAUGAUUGAAAUAGCUGGAGUCAAGCUGCUGUACACGGGAGACUUCUCCCGCCAAGAAGACAGGCAUCUGAUGGCAGCAGAGAUCCCCAGUGUCAAACCUGACAUCUUAAUCAUCGAGUCGACGUACGGCACCCACAUCCAUGAAAAGAGGGAGGAGCGUGAAGCUCGGUUCUGUAACACAGUCCAUGACAUUGUCAACAGAGAAGGCCGCUGUUUGAUCCCUGUGUUCGCUUUGGGACGAGCCCAGGAACUGCUGCUCAUCCUGGAUGAGUACUGGCAGAACCACCCAGAGCUCCAUGACAUCCCCAUCUACUACGCUUCAUCCCUGGCAAAGAAGUGCAUGGCCGUGUACCAGACCUACGUCAACGCAAUGAACGACAAGAUCCGCAAGGCCAUCAACAUCAACAACCCUUUUGUUUUUAAGCACAUCAGCAACCUCAAGAGCAUGGAUCACUUUGACGAUAUUGGUCCCAGUGUGGUGAUGGCGUCUCCAGGUAUGAUGCAGAGCGGGCUCUCCAGAGAGCUCUUUGAGAGCUGGUGCACUGAUAAGAGGAACGGAGUCAUCAUAGCUGGAUACUGUGUGGAGGGAACACUGGCCAAGCACAUCAUGUCGGAGCCAGAGGAGAUUACCACCAUGUCAGGACAGAAGCUGCAGCUGAAGAUGUCAGUGGACUACAUCUCCUUCUCCGCCCACACUGACUACCAACAGACGAGCGAGUUCAUCAGGGCUCUCAAACCCCCACACGUGAUCCUGGUCCAUGGUGAGCAGAACGAGAUGGCCCGUCUGAAGGCUGCGCUGAUCAGGGAGUACGAGGAUAACGACCAGGUUCACAUCGAAGUCCACAACCCUCGCAACACAGAGGCUGUUACCCUCAACUUCAGAGGAGAGAAACUGGCCAAGGUGAUGGGCUCUCUGGCUGAUAAGAAAUGUGUUCAGGGACAGAGGGUGUCGGGCAUACUGGUGAAAAAGAACUUUAACUAUCACAUCCUCAACCCCUCUGACCUUUCUACGUACACAGAGUUGGCCAUGAGCACAGUGAAACAGUCCCAGGCAAUCCCCUUCACCGGACCUUACUCGCUGCUCGUCUGCCACCUGAGGAACCUCACAGGUGACGUGGAAGAGCUGGAUGGAACCGUGAAAAACACUUUGAGGAUCUUUAAAAACAUCACUCUGAUCCACGAGGUCGGCAUGGUGCUGCUCGAGUGGAUAGCUAACCCUCUCAAUGACAUGUACGCCGAUGCUGUCACCACCGUAGUUCUGGAAGUCCAGUCAAACCCAAAAGCUCAGAAAGUCAUGGAGACCCAGAGUGCCAUGAUGGACAUGGAUGUCUUCCAAACCCGACUAGGAGUCAUGCUGCAGGACAUGUUCGGAGAGGAAUGCGUAGACUUCGGCGACGGUAAAAACAUCUCUGUGACAGUCGACGGGAAAACGGUUCACAUUUGCCUGGAAACGAGGUCGGUGUGCUACGAGGAUGAAUGCACAGAGGACGACUCGCUGAGAGAGAUGGUGGAGCUGGCUGUGCAGCGGCUCUAUGACGCACUGAACCCGGUCAUCUGAGAGCAGAGACAGGACGUAUUCAAAACCAGAACACUUUUUACAAAGUCUGAAAGUAUUUUAAAGUUAACAAGCAGCUUGUAUUUGUGUGCUGUCUGACGUCUGGUCCCACCUUGUGAAUGAAACUUGGAAAGACUAGAUUGGCUUUUCACUAAUUAAGUUUAUGACCGGUUACCACAGAGCUACCAUGUAAGAGAAGAAAAUAAGGUGUGUAGAUAGGAUUUGUGUUGUUUUCUGUUAUGCAAGCACUUUUCAUUCUAUUUAAAUACUGUUUUUCUGUAGAUGCACUGUAGGUUUUGUUUGACCUGAGUUUGUAGCUAAUGUGCUCUGAUGUCAGACUUGUUUACUUUUAACUGUGAUGUGAGGUUUGAAUUUCUAAAUGCACUUAAUGUUUGUGUUCAUGUAUGUUUAAAACAAGACUUUUACAAAGACGUGUAUUUUGUCGUGUCGUCAAU